AUCAUCAUUAAGAAUACUUUGUUGAGGGGACAAAGAGCUACAGAAAGGCCAAGGAAGGUUCUUUUCUGCAUCAAAUCUUGUUCUUUAAUAAGUGCAUAUCAACUUUUUCUCUCUUUUCUACUCUCUACUUCUUACACAUUCACAUACAUUAAUAUAUUCCUAUACUACAUUCACUUAUUUCAAGAUUUUCUUUACUGGGUAAUUUGUGUUAAUUCUAAAGUAUUGAAAUUUUGUUCUGAGUUUGAUGUCUACACCAUUAGAGCAUGAUUACAUAGGGUUAUCAGAGCUUCCUUCAAUGGAAAACCCUGUUGCUAAUCUCUCUCCAAACCCAAAAUCAUCUAAUUUUGCUUUGAAGACUGAUUUGAGUCUUAGGUUACCUGGUUUUGAGUCACCAGAAAGGAAAAUUGGUUCUGGGGUUACUAUUUUUGGUAAGGAAUUUGAAGAGAAAACCCUAAAUGGGUAUUCAAUUGGCUCAUUAAAGGCUUCUGCUUCUGGGGCCAAAAGGGGUUUUUCUGAUGCUAUAGAUGGUUGUGAGCAAUGGGUUUUCUCAAUUAAUGGGAAAUCUGACACUAAUUUGAGUAAAGAUGGUUGCUUGUACUCUCCUAAGAGUGGGCAAAAUGGUAAGAAUUUGACUGAUUUGGAGAACAAUAGGUCUCAGAAAUUUGUUCAAGGGACUGUCCCUAUUACUCCUAAACCUGUUCAGGAGAAACAGAAACAGGUUUCUGGUGCUAAUGAACAUGGAAAUGCUCCUUCUGCUAAAGCACAGGUUGUGGGAUGGCCACCAAUUCGAUCUUUUCGGAAGAACACUCUUGCUUCUACAUCUGUAAAGAACAAUGAGCAGACGGAGGAAAAAACGACAGCUUCAUGCCUCUUCGUCAAGGUUAGCAUGGAUGGUGCUCCAUACUUGAGGAAGGUUGAUCUCCGAACCUAUAGGAACUAUACGGAGAUGUCAUCUGCUCUGGAGAAGAUGUUCAGCUGCUUUAUAUCUGGUCAGUAUCGUUCCAAUGGGCAUGAAAAGCAACAUGGAUUGGGCUGCGAGAGUCAAUCAACUGAUCUCCAAAAUGCUGAGUAUGUGCUGACAUACGAAGACAAGGAUGGCGAUUGGAUGUUAGUUGGUGAUGUCCCAUGGAGGAUGUUCACAGAGAACUGCAGGAAACUUCGGAUCAUGAAAGGAUCAGAAGCUAUCGGAUUAGCACCGAAUAGCGCCGAGAAGUUCAAGACUGAAGCCUGAGAACAGCAAAGGCAGCAAUCCAUGGUAUGUAAUGUAAGCAAGGAGGCAUCAAGUGGAACACAUGGUGCCUUCAAGAGGUUUUGAAUUUUAGGAGUUGUGGAUUUUGUUAGAUUUGAUGGUUAUGAAAAAUGAUAUGUACUUGAGAGCGCACAUUUCUCUUUGUGCUCUUCAGGAGUACGGUUAUGAUCUGUCCGUUAACCUUUUCCCCUGGACCCUGACUUGUGCAGAAUACUGGAUGUUGAUGACUAUGACUCUGAAAAAUGACAUGUACAAUACAUUAUUGUAGACAUAUUUCAAGCUUUUAUAUCAAUCCUCACUUUGGAUGUGGA